GAAGUUUUGCUCCGGAAAUUCUGGGUUUACUCUUAGGCAUGCUGCUAGAUAGAAUUGGAAGGAAGAAGUAAGGGAAUAAAAGAACAAAAAAAAAAACCAACCCAAAAUAACAAUAACAACAACAAAAAAACACCAAAAAAAAAAAAAACAACCCUGACACCAACAGACUUUUUUCCUCGCUGUUACAAAGACCUUAGCACAGGAUAUCUGAGCCCAGCUUAGGAUGUGGUUCCAUCCCACCCUAUCAUGGCUACUUCUGUUUUCACAAGAAAACUGCUGCUUGCCUCCCUGCAGGAUUGGGUGUGAUGAUCUCAGGCCUGGCUUCCCUCUCAAUGCUCUCCUCUCUUCCAUCUGGUGGCAUUGACCUGUCACUUGCUGUGCUCUGAGUUCCUGGCAAGGAGAGAGGUCAGUGUCAGGCAAACACACAAAUGUCCUUGCUGUGAAAACUGCUGCACAUACAUCUAGUUUAUCUCUUGUUUCAAGGUUUGCUGGAGAUAAGAUGCUUUGUGGUUUGUUUGUUUGGAUCACUGGUUUGCCUGCUGCACCUCUUGAUGGUGCCUGAGAAGUGAAGGCAGGAUUGGGCACAGGAUGUGAGUGCAUGGAGAGAGGAACGUUUUACAGCCAAUUCUCAUUCUUAUACUUCAGAUUUUUUUCUCCUGUAUGGAGUGAUUAAAAAGUCAAAUUUCAAAAGUUGUUGUCUAUGCCGGCUAGUAUUAUAUUAUUUCAUUAAAAAACUUGAUUAAAUCAAGCAUCCUAAUGAAUGGUGAACUGUUAAUUGGAGGGACAAUUCAGGAUCCUGAGAUGAGAGCUGUUCUCACACUCCGCAAAAAACAAACAAACAAAAAAACCAACAACCAAAACUGAAACUGUCCACUGCAGAGUUUUGUUUCUCAGGCAAAGUGAUUUACCCUGGAGCAGAGCAACACUAUACUGAUGUCACUGUUUCAGGAAACAAACUGGAAGAUUCCUCUUGGAAGCUUCACAAGCAUGAAAUAUCAGUUACUGUGAAAUGUGAUCCCUAUCUGUGCCUCUGUGGCACUUUUCAACGGAGAAUUUAACAACUGAAAGAACCGUGGCUGCUUUUUGUGACUGUCCUGGGAAGUGUAUGAAUGAAUAUUCGCAUUCUGCAGCUGGGAGCCUGCAGUACUGGGGAACGAUGUAGCCAGAUGUUGUCCAUGUCAGGAGGAUGUCUGAGUAAGUCUGCCUUUCACCCUGUUUGUGUAAGAACUGAUUGGGCCCCCAUGUGUCUUCACAAGGCACCAUCAUUCAGGCCUUCAGUGUUUCCAUUACUCUACUUUUCCAAUAGUCAGUUUGUUACCAUCUCCCUGUCCCCUAAUAUAGUUAGACACUGCACUGAACACAGCUCCUAAAAUUUGGAUUUGGGGCUAGUUUCUGUAAGGGAAGUCUGGAAGGCAAAACAAGAGGAAUCUUCCUCGGGGACUGAUGUGAGGAAAUGAUGCUUGUUACAGUACUUUGCUCAGUACCCCUGAGUGCUCUGUUACAACCACAAGUGGGCUGGAGAGCAGCAAGAUUCAUGCACAACUCCUCCCGCUCCUCCUCCCUCCCCAGAGAGGCUGUCCUUACUUUUUUCUAUUCCCCCCUCCUCCCCCCCACCAUAUUUAUAACUCUUACUCUAGCUUGCCUUGCAACAGAAGACAUCCCAGGAAGCACAAAGAAAGACCUCAGUAGCAUGAUAGCUCAAGGCAUCUCGGGGCUCAUGCGACCCUUGUUAAGUGGACUGAAAGUGAGUAAAACUCACUUUGUUUAUUUCUGUGAGGUGACUGGGCAGAAUUGCUUACGAUCAAAGCAGAUGUCAAGAAGAGGCUUCAGCUCCACAUGCAAGCUCCAGUGUUCUCCUGGGGAAUCGAGCUCGGCAGAUUCAGUGACAGUGCAUUUUAUAAAUCGGGAUGGAGAGCGACUCACAACCACGGCCAAAGAAGGGGAGAGUCUGCUGGAAGUGGUAGUCAACCAAAACUUGGCCAUUGAUGGAUUUGGUGCAUGUGAAGGGACAUUAGCUUGCUCCACCUGCCACCUCAUCUUUGAGAAAGAUGCCUUUCAAAAGCUGGAUGCCAUCUCAGAUGAAGAGAUGGACAUGUUGGACUUGGCAUAUGGACUCACAGAGACAUCUCGCCUUGGAUGCCAGGUGCGCAUUAAGAAGUUGAUGGAUGGUCUGACAGUGCAGGUCCCCGUGGAAGUAUCAGAUAUUAGGAAUCAGCUGGAGGUUGGAAAGCAAAGCAAGCAGUAACCAGAAACAAUUCCUUCACAACCUGCCUCCUUAGGUGUGGAGGGACACUUUGCUUUAUGUUAACACCAGUACUCUGCAGCUGGUUUAUGGUAGACAAUAGAAGUCUGGUUUAGUAUAUAUGACUGUUCAGCAAAUCUCUUAUUUAAACAAAGCUUAAUGCUAGGAUUUUCAACGUAAGUUUUAAAUAAGUGUUCUCAUGAGCACAACUGGAUGAAAACAUGUGGCUUUACAAUUCUCUGGUAGCAGUAAACAUUUGUAUUGUGUGUAACUCAUCUCCUUUUAAAUUUAAGUAUUCCACUAUUCUAUGUAGCUACUGGGAAUUCUGUGAUGUUCUAUUACUUAACUGCAGAGCAGAUCUUUCCCAAUUUGGGAAGCUUGAGAAGAGGUAGCUGUUCCAAAAGCAAGGCUGUGCUACUUGGCUUGAUGACAUCGACAAUCUUAGUCUGCUUAGCAGGAGCAUUUGAAUGCAUGUCACUGAAUUGUUAUGUGCCAUGAUAUGCUAAUUUCUCUAAAUAACACAUUUUCUCAUUAAUGUAUUGCAGCCGUACAUAAAAUAAAAUCCUAAUAAUCAGG